UCGAUGCAUCGAUGUUUUUUCGACAUUCCCACUCUGUCUUGGGUCUGACACACGGCUUUUUGCCGUCAGGUGCGAAAAAAUAUUUUCACACGUUAUUGAAGAAAAGAAAAUCGGCUUUAUUUGGUGCAUAAUUUAUUGAAAAUAAGGAAACUAACAGAAAAACGAAACAUGGAAAGGUCAAAGGCUAUAAGCACAAAUGAGGACAUUGCUGAUGGUGAAGUUGCUGAAACUAAUAAUGGUGGUUUUAAUAUUGGAACCGUAGACGAUGAACCCCGUAGCAAGUUACCAAAGCUCAGUCUGAAUGUUAAAACCACAGCGGACUUAACGCUGAAUCACUCAUAUACAUCACCAUCGUUUGCAGAGCAAUUGAAAGCACAGUGGAGUGCUCAAGAUAAGGAAGACUAUCAUGAUUUAUCCACGUCAGUAAAGGUGUUUAGAGAUCCGUUUCAGGUGUGUCUGCUACCAGAUCUGCUGCAAAACAAAAGGACCUGCCGACAACUUGUUGAUGAGAUGGUACAGAAGGUACAAUGGUCUCGGAAGCAAAUGGAUUUGUACGAAUUUUACCAAAGUACUGAUUUAUCAAAUAUGGCCGAAUGUAAAUUACUUACUAGUUUUCUGCAAAUGCUACGGCGAACAGUGCGGCCUUGGCUGGAGGCAUUAACAGGCCUAAAGUUGGAUUAUGUAUCAGCGUCCUGUUCUAUGUAUACCUGCGGAGACUACUUGCUGGUGCACGACGACUUAUUAAAAGAUAGGCAGAUUGCAUUCAUUUAUUACUUAUCCCCGUGGGAGAGUGUAGAAAAUUGGCGUGAAGAGCAAGGAGGGUGUCUCGAGCUAUUCGGUAGUGAUGAAAACUGCUUUCCUCUAUUUCCUGUAAAGCGAAAAAUAUCACCAAAAAAUAACCAAUUCGCCUUUUUCAAAGUGGGCUCCCGUUCAUUUCAUCAAGUCGGUGAAGUCACUUCUUACGACUACCCACGUCUAACCAUAAAUGGUUGGUUUCAUGGAGCGUCUAACAAUGACAUGAUUGCUGAUAUAAUGCGUCCAUUGUCUAAACUAGAUUUUAUUUCUCCAGCAAAUAACGUAGCAAUCGAUAUAAAUGAAUUAUUAAAUGAGGUGUACUUAAAACCGCAAACCAAAAAAAGUAUUCAAAAACGCAUAGAAGAUAAUUCCGAAAUUUGUUUAUAUGAAUUUUUAAGGCGUGAAACUUUUGAACAGGCCAUGGAACAACUACUCAAAGACGAUACGUUAAAAUGGCGACUGGAAGGACCGGCGAAUGCACACAAUUAUGAAGUACUCGACAUCAAUACAGCAAGCAAAACGAUAUCACGCUUAAUUGAACUUUUUGCAAGCGCAGAAAUGUUUGCCUUAUUGCGUGACUAUACAGAUCUGGACUUGGCUGGGCCAAAUGCAACUAGCCCAACGUACAAUUUACAAGUUCAACGUUGGUCGCACGGCAACUACACUGUGCUGGGCGAUGAAGCCAUAUGCGACGAAAAUACAUUGGACUUAAUUUACUAUUUGAAUGCUAGCGAAGGUGCUGCUGUUGUUACAUAUCUGUCACCCGAUGCGGAUGAACCGCGAAACAAUGAUGAUUAUAACACCGGCGAGGAAGAUGAUUCUGUAUUGCUAACUAUUACGCCAGUUGAUAAUGCACUGAAUAUUGUGUACCGUUGUGAAGGAACAACAAAAUUCACUAAAUAUGUGUCGCGCAAUACACCGCUAGAAAGAGGACCAGUCUAUGUGAUUUCAUGCAGUUAUAAAGAGUAGACUGGAAUGCCGAACUUUGAUAUGUUGAAUUGCGACGCACAAAUAUAAUCAACUGGGUUAUCAGUGCGAUAAUUAUAUUUUUAAUUUAAAUGAUCUUAAAUUUAAUGUUUGUUUAAUUAGUUCCCUUCUCCUUAAGAGGAGAUGAAUAAAUUUAUACGCUUGAAAUUGUAUUGAAAUUACUUA